UUUGACAAAUGGAACUAUACAAAAAUUAACAACUCCACCAGUGAAUAUAAAACAAUACUCGGUAAUAUAGUGAAUAUAACAACAACGAUUCAAUGGUUUGAAAAGAUGACAAACAUUUCAUUUGCAAAUCAAAAUCUUAUAAUGAAUCCCUCAUCUUUGAAAUAUACAAUCGAAAUUAAAAAAUAUCCCUUCGAAAGUCCACUAAACCAUUUGCAACUUAUUUUAUCUGCUGAAUUAGAAUCAAAUAAUGAUGGAUCAUGCUCAGAAAAAGAUUUUGGUGAAACAAGUACAGGUGACAACUCUGAUUAUAUUAAAAUUCAAAUAGAUAAAGUUUCAUUGUAUGGCAGAUUUAUCAAAAGGGGUAUAAUAGACUCAAAGAUUUCACCAGUAACCAACACACUUUUAGAUUCUGAUUUAAAUUCAAUUCAAACAAAUUCAAAAUCCCAAUCAUACGUUGGAAUAAAUGUUAAUUAUUUUAAUGAAAGAGUUUAUUUAGACCCAGACUUUUCAGUAUUGCUUAAUGGUAACUCUGUCUCAAAUUCAAAAUCCAUUUGCAAAUCAAAUAAUAAACUAUCG